GGGGUGGCCGUCUGGGGCGACACGUCCUGGGAGCGCCGGACGGAAGCGCUGCUGGGACUGACACGUGGACUUGGGCGGUGCUGUGGGCCGCGGGAGCCGGUCUCGGGACUCAGUGUGCACCGUGGCUGUCCGCUCCUGAUGCAGCCGCCCCCGGACAAGGCCCACCAGGACACAGCUGGGGACGCCCAGUGGUCCAGGCCUGAGUGCCAGGCAUGGACGGGGACGCUGCUGCUGGGCACAUGCCUGCUAUACUGCGCCCGCGUCAGCAUGCCCAUCUGCACCGUCUCCAUGAGCCAGGACUUCGGCUGGAACAAGAAAGAAGCCGGCAUUGUGCUCAGCAGCUUCUUCUGGGGUUACUGCCUGACUCAGAUCCUGGGUGGCCACCUGGGGGACCGGAUCGGGGGUGAGAAGGUCAUCCUGCUGUCAGCCUCCGCCUGGGGCUUCCUCACCGCCGCCACGCCCCUGCUCGCGCGCCUGGGCAGCGCCCACCUGGCCUUCAUGACCUUCUCGCGCGUCCUCACGGGCUUGCUCCAAGGGGUUUACUUCCCUGCGCUGACCAGCCUGCUGUCGCAGAAGGUCCGGGAGAGUGAGCGUGCCUUCACCUACAGCACCGUGGGGGCCGGCUCCCAGUUCGGGACGCUGGUGACGGGGGCAGUGGGCUCCCUGCUCCUGGACUGGUGCGGCUGGCAGAGCGUCUUCUACCUCUCCGGCGGCCUCACCCUGCUGUGGGUGUGUUACGUGUACAGGUACCUGCUGAGCAAACAAGAUCGAAUUCUGGCCUUGGGCGUUUUGGCGCAAGGACUGCCGAUGGCGGUGGGGCACACCAGGGUUCCCUGGGGACAGCUCUUCCGGAAGCCUUCUGUUUGGGCGGCCGUCUUCUCCCAGCUCUCAGCUGCCUGCUCCUUCUUCAUCCUGCUGUCCUGGCUGCCGACCUUCUUUAAGGAGACCUUUCCCAGCUCCAAGGGCUGGGUCUUCAACGUGGUGCCCUGGCUGGUGGCGAUUCCCGCCAGUCUGUUCAGCGGGUUUCUCUCUGACCAUCUCAUCAGUCAGGGUUAUAGAACCAUCACCGUGCGGAAGUUCAUGCAGGUGAUGGGCCUAGGCCUGUCCAGCGUGUUUGCCCUGUGUUUGGGUCACACCUCCAGCUUUUGUAAGUCUGUGUUCUUUGCAUCAGCCUCCAUCGGCCUGCAGACCUUCAACCACAGCGGCAUUUCUGUUAACAUUCAGGAACUGGCCCCGUCCUGCGCUGGUGUGCUCUUUGGUGUGGCCAACACAGCUGGGGCCUUGGCAGGUGUUGUGGGUGUGGGCCUGGGUGGUUACCUGAUCGAGACCACGGGCUCCUGGACGUCCGUGUUCAACCUGGUGGCCGCGGUCAGCAGCCUGGGGCUGUGCACCUUCCUGAUGUUCGGAAAGGCCCAGAGGGUGGACCUGAGCCCCAGGCAGGAGGACCUCUAGCUGCCCGCCCCCCGCCCCAAGGCCCGUCCAUCAGCCUUGGGCGAGUGGCUUCAUUUAAGAGCCUCUCCCCUUGACUGCAAACAUGGGACCUCGGAGAGUGAGCCUCGGUGGAGCAGGAGUGGGGCCUCAGUGUCCCCUCUGCCACGGGGUGCGUGCCCUACUCAGCAUUGGUGGGCCUGUCACCGGUGACUGGAGUCCGUGUAGAGCCAGGUGUGCCCCUGCCCUCAGCCGCCUGGGAGCAGUGGCUGGCACAGGGCCUGGACUGCACUCCGUCCCCAACACUGCUUUGCUUUGUUUCUUGGCACUCGGGGCCGGAUCAUUCUCUGGGGGGCAUCCUGUGUACUAUGGGGGAUUGAGCAGCAUCCUUGGCCCCCAACACUGUCUCCUGAUGUCACCAAGUGUCCCCCGGGUUGGGUGGGGGGCAGUGAGCUCCAGCCCUUUGGCUGUCUUUGGACCCCACCCCAAGGUCUCCCUCCCGUGGAUCCCCAGACACUAGCAAUGCGCUCUGCUUCCCUGGCACCCGGUGCCACUGUGUGGGAACCUGGCACCCUCUCCUGCCCAAGCCGUUCCCCAGAACCAGGCGACGCUGCCUUCCGGUUUACGACAGAGGAGCCGUCGCUCAUGAAUAAUAGGUGUCGCCAGAUGUAUAUGGAGAGAAAAGAAAUAUAAAGUGUGGGGAAUGUGCCAAAGCCUUAUUUAAAUGAUGACUAUUCAUUUAUUUAAAAGAAGACUGUUAUUUUAAAGCACACUGUUAAAAGAAUAAAUACUUGUAAAAUA